AUGGGUAGCAUCAUUGGAACCAUGGGGUGCAGCAGUUCUGUACCUGACAGAAGGUCAGAGAAAGUCAUUAGAGCUGCUAUCCUCAUCCAGAACUGGUACCGCUUUACAAAGGCCCGGAUAGAGAUGAGGCGCCGCUAUGCUCUGAGUAUCUUUCAGUCAAUCGAAUAUGCUGAUGAGCAAGAUCAACUACAGCUAUCCAACUUUUUUACAUUCAUGUUGGAUCACUGCACUCAUCCUGAUUCAGUUUCUCACAUUAUUGCCAGCCCUGGUGCUUCUGAAGCUGUGGAUGAAGGCUUAUGUUUAACAGAAUUUGAAAAGAAGAUUGAUGUUCCGGACUCUUAUUAUGGACCACGACUCUCAUUCCCCCUUACUGUUGAAGAUGCCAAUGCUCUUCUUCAUGCUUUCAGGAAUGAACAGAUGCUUCAUGCCCGCUAUGUAAUGCAGCUACUGUGUGAAACCAGGAGGGUUCUCAAAGAAUUGCCAAAUAUUACCCGUCUUUCAACUUCGUACUCCAAGGAGAUAACUGUCUGUGGAGAUUUGCAUGGAAACCUGGAUGAUCUUUUACUGAUAUUCUACAAGAAUGGUCUGCCUUCAGAACAAAACUGUUACGUCUUUAAUGGUGAUUUUGUUGACAGAGGAAAAAAUUCUAUGGAAAUACUUAUAAUCCUGUUUGCAUUUCUUCUUAUCUACCCCAACAAUUUACACUUGAAUAGAGGAAACCAUGAAGACUACAUCAUGAACAUGAGAUACGGUUUCACAAAAGAAGUCUGGAAGAAGUACAAGGACUACAGCAAACAAAUUUUGUGUCUUCUACAAGAUGUCUUUAGCUGGCUUCCUCUCGCUACUAUAAUUGAUAGCAAAGUUCUUAUCCUACAUGGAGGGAUUUCAAACACCACGGAUUUGGAUUUACUGAAUGCACUUGAGAGAAAUAAGUUGAAAUCUUUGAUGCGGCCACCAAAGACAGUGAGAGAUGGACAGGACCAAGUGAAGGAGACAGUUGCCACAACCAGAGCCAGUAAACAUGUUGCCAAACAGAACCCUGCAGGGAAAACACAGCACAUCUCUUCAGCGGGCACCACUGAGCCUCCAGACCUGGCGCUGGAAGAGUGGAAACAA